UUUUAAUAUAUCUUUUAUGUUCAUCAAUCACGAUGAACAUGAUGAUCCUACUGAAUCUAGCGGCUCCAGAGACUAGAGAGUCAUCAUUUCCACCAAACUACUAUAACCUCUAUCCUAUAUAUAAGAAUAAAGACAAAAUGAAUGAAUGACAUUUAUUAGUCAUCCAAUUAGACCAAACCAAAGCCUGAAACUGCUUCAAAUCACAGAAUCUCAAAACAAUCUCCCGGUUCAACAGAUACAGAGACAGAACCGCAGGAAAAAUGAGGCCCAAGAUUUAUCUGUUUGGCGAUUCAAUAACUGAACAAUCAUUCGAAGAUGGGGGAUGGGGUGCUUCUCUCGCCAACCAUUUUUCCAGGACGGCUGAUGUAGCGAUAAGAGGAUACAGUGGGUAUAAUACGAGGUGGGCUUUGAUGGUUCUGGACAAGGUGUUUCCUGCUCCACUACCGGGUCAGAAUGGCGGUGGUGAGGCGGAGCCGGUGUGUGUCACGGUGUUCUUUGGAGCAAACGACGCGUGUCUUCCGGAUCGAUAUGCUCGUGCCCAGCACGUGCCCCUCGAUGAAUACAAGCACAACUUACGCUCUAUAGUUUGUUUUCUCAAGGUAAUAACAAUUAACAAAUUGGAUUAUUGAAAGCCCAAAUUAUCCCACAUUCCACAUGGGAAGUCAAGAUGGGCAGACAAACGUUUUAGUAUUUAUUUAUUUAUUUCUUGAUUUCUGCCUCUUUUCUUUUCUUAAAUAAUGUGCCUUAUUUGUCUCCUUUUUUGGGCUUUUGUCAUUGAGCCACAUGUGGAGCAUCGGGGGUUGGGUUUCAGUUAGACAUGUGCAUUGCUCCUUAUUUUUGGUUAAUAAUGACUCAUUGCUACUUGCUAUCUAACUUGGAAGCUUGAAAGUGCAGUUUGGUUUUUAUAUUUGGGCUGCAUAUAAUUUAUGAUUCCCAACCCAAAAACUAGUGUCCCCAAAAUGGUGUGCAAUUAAUUAAGCCCAGUAGGUUUCUAUUUGCGGCCCCAAUUAUGCAGCAAGAUUUUUUUUUUUAAUUUUUUUUUAUAUAUAUAGAAAAACUUUGUUAAUGCUUUAACUGUGUUCAUACGUAGGAUUUCUCUAAAAAAAUAAUCAGAUUUCAUAACCUUGUACAUAUAAAUCAUACGCUGAUUUUUUAUUUACUCUUAACACAUCUUCUUGAAUACUAGUUUUUUUUUUUUUCAAACACUAGAUAAAUCAUUACAAAUGUAUGUAACAAGGUUCUUUAUUCAUUUAUUUUUUUAAAACUUUGCUCUAGAGAGCUGACCUACAUAGGUAUUUAUUGAUUUCAGGUUGCUCCACCAUACGACUAUUAUUCCUAAAAAAGAAAAAAUCUUUCUAGUUUGCUUUACUUUUGAUUCCGACCAAGUACCAAACUUUCUAAAUUUGGUCCCAAAUCAAUUAAUGGGAUUCAGCUUGAAUGGGCUACUCUUGGAAAUUUGUGUAUGUAAUUUUCAAACGUGCUCUUAUGUAUCUUAUAAUUUAGGACCCAAAGUUCCCCCAUUGGACUAAUCUUGAAUUGAUUUCAAGCUUUGUUAUAAGCAAUAUCUACAGUAUACUGGGUCCAAACCAAUGAAAAAGUAAAUUUAUUUUUCACUUAGUAAGCCACACUUAUACGCCUUUGUUUCUUGUUCUUACUACCUUCUUAAUUGGUCUCUUCUUCAUUUGUCAUUGGGAGACUUCUCUUAUUUUUAGGACAUGUGCAUUUUUAGUUUUUUACAUAUUCAAAUGUGAAGUGUAUGCAUUGCCUCUUUCUUGGUCAGCUUUGUUUAAUUUUCCCUAGAAAUACUUCGCGGAAAAUGUCAUUAUUAUUUUUAGACCUGGUGCAUGUUACAUUUAUUUCUGAGCAGAAAGAAGGGGGUAAUUAUCUUGUUUUGUUUUGUUUCCCCCUAUUUAGAAACGAUGGCCUAGCACACAUGUUAUACUGAUCACGCCUCCGCCAAUUGAUGAAGCGACGCGCCUAUUGUAAGCUUCAACCAAUUGCAUUUGUUUUUGCAAGUUUGAUGAUGUGUGGAAUUUGUGGAUGUUGAAACAGUCUUAAGGUUUGUGGAUUUCGGGUGAUGUAGGCACCCUUAUGCUGAUAACCCUGAAAACUUGACUGAGAGGAGCAAUGAAGCCACUGGAAAUUAUGCCAAAGCUUGUCUUUCCGUUGCAUCAGAAUGCAAAGUUGCAGCGAUAGAUCUGUGGACCAAGAUGCAGCAGUUUGCUGGCUGGAGAAGUGAUCUUCUAUGGUACGCCGUAAUUUCAUUCUCCAACUUUAUGUUUACGUACUCACAUUUUGACGUGCUGGUUGAUUAUGAAAUGGCUGCAGUGAUGGUUUGCACCUGACUCCCCGUGGGAAUGGGAUCGUGUUUGAAGAAGUAGUCGGGAAGCUUAAGGAAUUGGGCAUAAGCGUGGAAAGUCUACCAUUUGACCUCCCACAUUUUUAUGACAUUGACCCGAAUGAUCCCCUUACAUCUCUUUCAAAGUGAGGUAUCGGAGAAUGCAUCUGCAUCACAUUUUUUCUACGUUGCCAAUUACAAUAUUACAAAAUUAGAGGCUGCGUUUAUAGGGUAGGGACAUUGGGUUCUGCAACCUCUCGCUGGGAUUUUCUUCCAUUCUAAAGCUAUUGAAUGUCAACAACUUGAUGGACCAAUUUAAGUGGAUGAAAAUUCAUGAUAGUUUCAAGUGGCAAAUUAUUGUCCUUUUGAUUAUGUGUGUGACUAUCAUUCGUCCUUUUGUCAAUUUAAUAAUGAGCACCUCAGAUUUGUUUUUCAAAAAUUCUCUCAUUCAUUUGUUUCUCAAAGAAUAUGUAAUGCUUUUAUUUGUUUAAUUAUUUAUUUUGGGGAUGCUGGUG